CGUGCUUCCGGAAAAACAAAAGGUAACUUCCGGGAGUCAGUAACGAGGAGUUGUUUAUUUCUUUGAAAUUUGAAAAUAUAAAUGCUUAUGUUAUUCGAACAUUUUAGUAGCAAAGUAUUAUCUAAUACAAUGAAACAAAUAAUACUCAGAAGCUGAUACUUCAUGACAGACAUGUCCCUUGUGGACCUAGGCAAGCGGCUCUUGGAGUCUGCUAAGCUUGGGGAAACAGAAGAAGUGCGAAUGCUUAUGACAAAUGGUGCUCCAUUUACAACAGAUUGGCUUGGCACUUCUCCUUUACAUAUGGCAGCUCAUUAUGGGCAUGUUGAAACAGCUGAAGUUCUGUUAAGAGGAGGUAUCAGUAGAGAUGCUAGAACUAAAGUUGAUCGUACACCACUCCAUAUGGCAUGCCAAGAAGGUCAUUUGGAAAUUGUAAAACUACUACUCAGUCAUGGUGCAGAAAUUGAUGCUAGAGAUAUGUUAAGAAUGACACCUUUGCACUGGGCAGUUGAACAUAAUAACUAUUAUGUUGUUCAACUUUUAUUAAAGAAUGGUGCAGAUCCUAAUGCUGUUAGCAAAUUUGAUAAGACUCCUUUAGAUAUUGCUGAAGAUAAUCAGUAUGCUCAUAUUAUAGAAUUAUUAAAAAAACAUCUAGAAGAGUCCAGUCAUAAAAAGCAGUAUGCCCAACCAAAAACAAAAAUAAUACAAAUAACCCAACCAAGUGUGAACUCUGCAUCACAAGCUUCAAACACAAGUGUGCCUUUAUUUAUUAAAUCUGAUAGUUUGCCAGCAACUACCAUCCAUAGAACUUUGCCUCAAUCUGUUAGUGUAGCUUCUCCAUUAUUGACUGUUAACAGUACUUCAAAAAGUCCAAGUGGUGUUUCAAGCAGUGGUACAAAAGCUACUACAUCAUCGAAGCCAGUGUUUAUUAGAGCAAACUUGGCAGAUUUUCAGAAAUCAACUGCAGCUAGCGCAAGUGUUCGUGUUACUUCAUCUAGUGAUUCCGAGGAAGGUGAAAGUAAUGAUCCUGGUUGCACCAAUGUUUUAGCUACUCUUGCUGCUUUAGCCGAAGCUACUGCCCCAAAUUCAUCAAUAUCUACAGCAGAUGCCAUGCAGUUACUAGAAAUGAAUGGUAUUACAAUGUUACCAACUGAUAACAGCACAAUUGUUGCUUCUGCUUUAGAAGGUGGCCAAACAGUAUCUUUAACUGAGGCAGGAAAAUUGGCUUUAACAUGGGUAAAAGAACAUCCGAAUUUGAAUAACUGCUCAUCUGAUGUUACUUCAACAACAAAUGAGAAAAAUGGAAAUAAUGUUACAAGUUCUCAAAGUGCCACAUCAAACCAGAAAGUUAUCACUAUUGUGGCUGAUCAAGCUCGAAUACCGUCCAUUAUUUCAUCACCUCAAACGCCCAUUGUUGUUCUAAGUAGGCCGUCUGUUUCCACAAAAGAAUCAAAUCCUCCUGCCAAGAGGAUAAAGCUUUCAUCUGGAAAGGACACAUCCAAAGAUUUAUCAAAUGGAAACUCAUCAAGUUUGCAUGUUUCAAGUUCGUCAGAAGAAGAAGAGAAGCUUAGAUUAAAGGAGGAACUAGAAAAAACUAAAAAAGAAGCUGAACUAUAUAGGGUACAAUUGUUACAAAAAAUGAAUGAAGCAGAAGAAUACAAAAAGCAGCUUCAAAAAAUGAGAAUAUUACCAAGUGUUACAGAAUAAUGUUGGUGUGGGGAUCAUUUUCUUUCUUUUUUUUUCUGUUGGCCAUUGCAAAUGUACAAUAUCAUUAUUGUAUAUAUUUUGUUGUAUAAAUCACUGUUUCAUUGAUACUGUGCAAUCAUCAUUUUUAUUUCUGAUAAAACAAUCAAAUAAAAGCUUUUAUCUAUAUUG